CCAUUGAUCAAAUAAUGAGGUGCACGCACAGUAGGAAUCACAACCCCACCUAACCACCCAGCACUAAAGAUCUUUUUCCUCAGCUCAUCUCUUUGUUGAAUUCAUUCGUCUCUCUGUUUCGUACCUUGAAAGUUUGAAGUAGAGUCCAUCAAUAGCAACAGUCAUGGCAAAGAUUGCACCAUCGAUGCUCUCAUCUGAUUUUGCAAAUUUAGCUUCUGAAGCUGAAAAAAUGAUCAAAUUUGGCGCUGAUUGGCUUCACAUGGACAUCAUGGAUGGCCAUUUUGUCCCAAAUCUUACCAUCGGAGCACCGGUAAUUGAGGGUUUAAGGAAGCACACAAAGGCAUAUCUCGACUGUCAUCUUAUGGUCACAAAUCCUCUUGAUUACGUGGAACCUCUAGGAAAAGCUGGUGCUUCAGGUUUUACUUUUCAUGUUGAGGCGUCGAAAGAUAAUUGGCAAGAAAUUAUCGAGAAAGUCAAGGCAAAGGGCAUGCGUGCUGGGGUUGCACUGAAGCCUGGAACUCCAAUCGAAGAAGUUUAUCCACUGGUUGACGCUAAAAACCCUGUUGACAUGGUACUUGUCAUGACAGUUGAACCUGGAUUUGGAGGUCAAAAGUUCAUGCCAGAGAUGAUGGAUAAGGUUCGUGCAUUGAGGAAGAAGUACCCGGCACUUGAUAUAGAGGUAGAUGGUGGCUUGGGGCCAUCGACUAUUGAUGCAGCAGCCACAGCUGGGGCAAACUGCAUAGUGGCAGGAAGUUCUGUGUUUGGAGCACCAGAACCAGACCAAGUUAUAUCCCUUCUAAGAAAGAGUGUUGUGGAGUCCCAGCAAAUCUGUUAGUAGACAUAUACAACACAUGUGAUCUAUUUGGUUAUCAAUAAUCCUUAAUCCCUCUAAGAGAAGACACUAUUUUACACUAUUAAGUUAGCAUGGGAUCAAAGCUUCAUAACAACAGUAUCUAUUGCAAUAUUUUUUUGAUUGUCUUUUGCAUUGUACUGUAGAUGAGGUGAUUAAUAAGACAGUCCUUGGGUUCCUAAAAUAUGGCGUCUCAAGUAAUAAAUCCACUUAUGCAGAUAAUAUGUUUGAUGUC